UGUAUUUCCAAUCAAUUCUAAACCGCCAAACAAGCUUUUUAAGAGCAAAGAAGCAUCAACACCACUAUGACCUAAAAAAACUACCAAGCUCCUCCUUAUGUGCUUUCCUGGAUUUGAUCAGAAACUUGCAGGCCCGGAUACUGGCUUUUAUUCCUUUUAUUUCGGCAUUAAAUCUUUCUUUUCCUUCCCACAAUCUUACAAAAUAUCCUUUGAGACAGCAAGGCCCUAAAUCAUAAUUUGUCCUCUCUGAGCUAUAAGAAAUAUGGUCUCCAAAUCCUGCUUUUCAUUUUUGCCACUUCACAUUGGAUCAAUCUUGAUGCAUUUUACUUUACUCGACAAUCCUUACUGUAGUUCAGCCGAGAGGGCUGAACUUAAAGAAAAAAAUAGAAAGAAAGACAAGGAUAAAGAAAUUGGAUUGAAGUUAAUUGAACAAUUUUACAAAACUUCAACAUCUGCAAAAUUUCUAGAUGUAUAAAACCAAAACAGCAGGAGGUUCAGUGCAAUUUUCCUGCGUCCUCUGUUGUGCAACUGCACCUGGAGUCGGAUGACCGGCUCUGUCACAUGGUCUCAGCUGCAUCCUCUCAAGGACUCUAAAGUGUCCUUCAGGAAGUGGGUCAUAACCACUGAUCAAGUUUUGAUUAGCCUGGAGGUGUUAGUACGUGUGAGGAAUGAUUUAGUAACUCAUCUGGAAACUGUAAGUCACAUCUUGCAUCCAAGCCAACUCAGUAACUGUAAUCCAGUAACUGUAAUUCUCUGACGCAGUGAGGGGUGACACCGUCAGCGAAAGAGCCAGUCUAUUUAUGAAUGGAGCUGUUCUGUAUGGGACUCUGUUCCUGCCGCUGUAUAUCCUCCUCCUCCUCCUCCUCCUCCUCCUCCUCGACCUGCACUGCAGAACUUUUCUGUGAUCUUCACGAACACUCACACAAAAGUGGCUGAGUCUGCAUAAAUGCCCCGAGUCAAGAGAGGAGGAGGGUGAGGCAGAGAGGAGGAGUGACUGAAGGAGUCAGCAGAGAGAACGAAAGAAAGAGGGAUGAUGAAGCAGAUGAGAAAGUUCAAACAGAGAUGAGGAAGGCAGUAAAAAAGCAUGCAGACCACAGGGAAAAGUUAUGAUCAGGGUGAUUUGGUUCACUGAGGCUGUGAUGAAGAAGAGUCCUGGCUUGAUCUCGUCUGUCAUCAGUUCUAUUAGUCUUUGUACUUCUUCUUCCUCCUCCUCCUCCUUUUUAAAUGCCUCUCAUCCUGGCUGGCGCUGCAAUGUGGCUGUGUCUGCAGUGAAAGUGCUGGCUGGCAAAUUCCCCUGGAGUGAACUCGACUGUGCGCAGUGAGAGUUUGCUGCUCUCCCUCCGUCCCGUCCACACUGACUCAGCUGUGUGGCCGACCAGCUGACCCAUUACACAGCAUCAGCUGCAGCAGCAGGAUUACAACAAAAUUUCUAUCUGCCACAUAAGCCGGGGCUGGAUCCUGCUGCAUCAUUUGUUUUGGAGCAAAGGUAGCCGGGAUGGAUGUUCGGUGGAUCGGGACAGAACCAAUGAGGCGCUGCCCUCCUUACAGAGCCUGCAGACUGAUCUUCUCUGUAUUGUUCGGAGUGUGGUCCGCUCAGUCUCUGGAGAUGUCAGUGGGAAAGAUUCCCUACCUCGAAGCGGUGAACGGCAGCACAGUCGUGUUGCCCUGCACAUAUUUCAGCUGCAUUGGCAUUCAAAACCUCUACUUUAACUGGCAGUUCAAUGACAACGGUACCAUGCAAAAGGUCUGUGAAUCAGUGAUCCCUACAGAAGGGGUGGAACCAAAGGUGAGCAUAUUCAGAGAUCGGGUGGAGUUUGUGGGGAAGAACCACGAGAACAACAUCUCCAUCUUGUUGUGGAACAUCACCUUUGAAGAUGGAGGUCAGUACACCUGCUUUGGUCGAAAUCCAAAGGAGAAGGACAAGAACCACAGCGCCAUCUUCAACCUAAUUGUGGUGGAUGAGUUGAGGGUGGUGGACAACACUCUUACCAUCAUCAUAGCCUCGGCAGUGGGCGGGGCAAUCGCCCUGCUGAUGGGCUUCAUGCUGCUCAAGAACUUCACCCUCUUUGUUCUUACCAAGAUGGAAGAGAAAAAUAAGGAGUGCCUUGUAUCUUCAUCAGGGAUUGACAACACAGAAAAUGGCCUCUCAGGAUCCAAAGCUGAGUCAAAACCAACGCCAAAAAAGAAAUGAGACAAUGCAUGUGCAACAACAGGAGUACUCUCAUUUAAAUCCAAUUUGCAUAAACAUAUAUAUAUAUAUAUAUAUAUAUAUGUGCAAAAAUGUUUGCAAAAACGAUUAUUCAUUAUGUUCAAGUUUAUCCUCCUUUUGGUUCUUCAAAUGGGAAAAUGUAAUAGCCAUCCACUGAACCAAUGAUUUACUUGGAACUAGAUGAAUAAAUUACCAUACAACUAAAGAAAAAAUCAUUUCAAAACCAUUCAAGCUGGGACAUCAUUUGUAUUUAAAUGUAUUUUACUAGAUGAUGAACACGCAAAAAACGACAUUUGUAUAUUUGUGGAAAACAGAAAUAUGUCUGAAACCUAAUUUAAUAAACCCUUUGCACAAAUUCUCUAAAUUCUGGAAAUGUGAAAGCAGCAUAGUGGUGCUUUCUCCAUCCAGUUAAAAAAACAGGUAAAUUAUUCAUCGGUCCAGCUUUGCAGGAGAGAAAGGAUCUGUCCACAUAAUUUCCACUGCUCUUAGUUUUUGCCUGAUUUCUAUUGUCAUGAUACACAAUGCAUUUUUUUUUUAUUUGCAAUCAGCCUUACUUCCAUAUAUAACAUCCGAUAGUAUUGUAAAGGUACACUCCAUGUGGUUGUUCUGCUGAGUGCAGGGAAAUCAUGGGGAUUUCCUUAUGACAAUAUUCUUAUCCUUCAUGCAUAAAGACGUCACCAAACUAACAUUUUUUUUAUAUUUAAGAUAUGUGUUAUGUAAAGACUUAUAAGCAAAGUUUGAGGUGUGAUAUUACAUUCAGUUUUUAUUCUGAAACUUGUUUCCUCAUUAAACAUGUUUUUUUAGCCUACUCUCAAUGUGGAGAUAAAAGUCAGUCAAGAAAAUGACCACAAAUUUAUUGACACUGAACAUUUUGUUUAAAGUGAUUCAAAAGCGCAUGAACUCCUUAUAAAGCUCAUCUAAAAUAUUUAAAUAGAGCCUCAAAAUAUUUCUGAUUUAAUUUAAAGGAGAAAGUUGUCAGCUCAAUGAAACCAUAACUAGUAACUGGUUUCAUUCUUAUUUUUCUUUUGAAGUUGUUUUUGAAGCCUUUCUGAAAAUUUCUGUUUUUUUUUUCUAGUAGAACUGAAUCUUUCUCAUCUGGAAAGUGUUUUAAUCUAUAACUGCAAAGUGCAAAGUGUAUACAAAAAUGCAAACAUCACUGCUGUCUUAACCCUGGCUAAUUUGCAGCAUACCCUUAAUUAAAGACUCCACUUAAUUUGGCAUCAUCUUGAAUAAAAACCAUAGUUGGAAAUAGAUUCCGGCAUGAAAGGGUUAAAAUCAGUUGAAAUAUGAAGCAGGCGCCAUGAAAAUGAAAUGUAAAUGAGACCUUCACGUAAUUGUUAAUUAGAUUUUUAUCAGGAUCAAAUGAUGUGCUCAUUUUGUUGUCUUUUAGGAACAAUCUGAUUUGUUUACGCACAUAUAUCUUUUUUGUGGUUAUCUAGAGUAGUUUAAAAAAA